AUGGGAUGUGUACCACCCGCCCGGAGGCUAGUGGAGGCUCUCAAAUUCGGAAGAACUGACUUGUGUAACUUUGACGCCGACAUUUACAGCGGCCGGCGGACGCUGAUAGACCCCUUGGAAGUGGCGGCUUCUGCUAGCGCUGGCACCUCCGCCUGGAGACGUCCGUUGCUGGGUGGGACAGGGCAAGUGCGCGACGCUGACGUGCAGGGGCCAUAUUUGGUCCGCGGCGGAUUCCAGCCGCGCCUUCCGACUUCGCUGCCGCCCCCAGGGCAGCAGCAGCAGCCGUCGCCGCUACCACGCCGACAGCCCGUCCCGUUGAUGCCUCCCGCGCAGCUUCAUCCGGGAGCGCCCCAGGUGGUCGCUCCGGCGCCUGCGGUCCCUCUUCAGUCGCCACCGCCUUCGGAGCUGAUGGACGUCGACCCCUCAGCCGGGCCGCCUUCCCAAGCGGUGGCUGUGCAGCCUGUCCUGCAGCCGCUUUCCUUGGGCACCCCCAAGGAGUCUGACACCGCAGCGCCUUGUCCGGCGCCCACUCGGCAGCCGUCGAGGCAGCGUCAGGAGACGCUGCCUCUCUUCGUGGGUCCCGACGCCCCGUCGCGUCCAGUACCAGAAGCUGCGCCCGUGGUCACAGGCGUGCACCCUGACCUCGGUUUUCAGUCGGCGUUUCCCGAGGCCCCGCGCAGCCAAUGCUGGGGUGAGGACUUUUAG